CAAAGUUUCGUUUCAUUAGAAUCCGAGACUAAAGAAGACGUUCUUUCCGUCGUUCAAAAUUUCGACGUUAUAUUGUUAAAUUUGUUAAUACAUCGGCGUGGAUUUUUUGUUUUUACUCUAACGCUUCACUCACCGGAGUGCAAUGGAAAACCGAAGACAACAAAAAUUUAGGCAAAACGUUGAAGGUUUUAGACCCGGAAGAUCCCUUGAUGAAACGCUUUCAGAAUGCUCUCAAAGCCCAUUUGACCAGGAUCGAUCAGAAAUUAACUGAAGAUAUUUUAAAUCUCGAAAUCAGCACAAAGGAAUCGAAAAAACAGAGAGACACCAAGGCCUCGCAACUAUAUGCAUCUCAGGAAGAAAUAGCACGUCAACAAGAGACAAUUGACAAUUAUCAAAAGAGGUUGGCAGAACUAAUAAAAUUUCGUGAGGAGAAAGAAUCUCGGAUAGACAACACAAAAGAAUUGAGAAAAUUGAUGAAAAAUGAGCUGGAGGCUGAGAAAAACAAGGCUACAAAAUUUAGUCAAGAAAUUGAGAGUCUCGGCUCGACUUAUCAUCAUUUUGAAGAAUGGGAAAAAGAAAUAGUCAAUCAUAUGAAAAUUUCCAAACGGAUGUCUGAAAAAGAGGCAACUCUGCAGCGAGAACUUUUGAGAAAAAAACAACAAGAGGAUUAUGUUCUAAUGAAUCUUAUGGAAGAGGUUUCCAGGCUCGAAAAAGAAAUAAAAGAUUGCCGGGAACAAUUGGCUAUCAAAGAAGAAGAAAAAUUGGAUGCUGGACAAACUAUUACCGACGCAAACACAGAUUUGGAGGGAUUACAGCGAACGCAAAAAAAAUUGUUUUCCGAAUGGAAUCAUGUGGUUGCCGGUAUCUCACAAAGAGAUAAAGUUUAUGAAGAACUUUCUAAAGAACGAGCAAAAAUUCGUGAGUCUUUUACAACUUUGGAUUCUCAAAUCGAGAAACUCAAAAAAGACACGAACAGAGAGAUGGAGAACAAUGAACGUCUAACUUCCAUACAAACGAGACUCGAGAAUGACGUAUCUUCCAAUCUUGCAGUGAUUGUCGAUGAGAAAAGUAAAAUUGAUGAUGUAGAAAUUGAAUUAAUGAACAUGUCAAAAUUAUUGGAGGGAAGUCAGAACGAAUUCGACACGGCUUCUUGGGAUUAUCAACGUUGCGUUAAGGAAGAAAAAUCGAUCGACAAAGAAUUCGACAAACUGACGAAAACGAAGAACAAUCUCGAGGACCAUGUGCUGUCGAAAUUAGAGACGAAAGUGUCCCACAACAAAACAGUAAAAUCGUUGAAUAAAAAGCUUCGUGAGGCUCGGGAGAAGAUACGGGAAGAAGAGUUGGUGAUGGUUCAAACAGAAAAUACUUAUGGGAGAAAUCUGCUGCAGAUAGAAAAAUUAAACGCUUUUCUAACAACUGAAAAAUUUGACGUUGAAGAUUUAACACGAAUGAAUAUUGAAAAAGAAAAAGAAUUAGAUGGCACACAGAAUGAGAUUAAAAAGUGUGACUCGUUGGUAGUAAAAAAACAACAAAAAAUCGUCAGUCUCAACAAAAAGAUUGAAGAGGCCAUCUCAUCAUUGGCUGGUGGUGAGGACAUUAGCCCUCAGGAUUUCAGGAUAAAAGAGCUCGAGAAAAACAUCGAGGAGAUCGAAUCGAGUAAUCGAAAGUCCCAGGAACUUUGGCUGCGUCAGGAAGGCUACAUGGUGACAUUGAGCGAAGAACGUACAGAACAAUUGCGAGAAAUCAAUCUCCUAGGGAAGCAGAUAACAAUUAUGGAGCAAAAGAGCUUGAAACUUGAGCGCGAAAUCGAGACGCAGAAAAAAGAGGGCGAUAACAUAUGCCGUAACGUGAAAAUUCUGCAACAAAAAUUGCUUUUGGCAAACGAACGACUCGCGGUACAGCGCGGAGUGCACGACGAUCUUGAAGAUAAAAACUGCAUUACGAAAAGCGAAUGCAUCGAGACUCUUCGUGAUGCUGAGAUUGAACUGUUGAAGUUGCAAAAUGAUAUCAAACAAUUAGGCGCCGAUCGUAGAAUCCUCGAGGAACAACUUCGAGCUUGUCAACAGGAAGUCAUGUCUUGGGAAAAAAAAGUUCGUUUGGCGAUUGAAACUGCAAAAAAAAUGAAAGUUGAAAGUCUCGCUGGUGGCGAGGUUGCUAUCAUGAAGAGUGAAAUUCACAAAAUGGAAAUGCGUCUGUCCCACUUAAGAAAAGCUCAGGAAAAAAUGAUACGUGAUAUGGAGUUUUGCGUAGCUCGUAGAGACGUGAUUUUAGACGGAGCUAUGGCUCGUGAAAAGAAGAAUCCUAAAGGAAUACACAAUCAGAGAGUUAUUUUUGAAAAACGCAUGAACGAUCAAAGACUCAAAAUAAAACAAAUAAACAAGGAAACUAAACAAAUGGAAAAUCAAAUAUUGGAGUUGGAAGAUCAACAAAGAAAAUUGCUCGAGCAAUUGAAUGAAAAUCAGAGAGUCCUUCGAGCUUACGAGGAUGAUAUUCCUGAUAUUGACAAGCAAAUUAACGAGGGUGAACUUGUGAAAUAUCAUAAACUCGAGUGUUUGGUACGGAAGCAACGAAAGAUUCGAAUGCUUCAAGAUGUCAAAGAAGGACGUUACAAAAUGCUUUUCAAGUCGGAAAUGUCUUUAAAUGAUGAGCUACAGAAACAACGAGUCGUUAGUUUGAAUUUAAAGGAAGUGAUGGAAGAAGCUCUGCGUGAUUUUCCACUUUUAAAAGACAGUAUUCGCAAAAUAAUACUGGGCAUGGAAUCUUUGUGAAUCGUAGAAAUUUACUGAGCUCUUGUCCUAUGAAAAAAUGGUUAUGAAAAAAAGUUAGCAUGUAGAAAUGAGCUGGCUAAAUUUCGAAACCCAGAUGAUGCGAAAGUAAAAACAUUUUAUACGAAUAAAACAAGCACAUUUUACCCUUUUA